AUGAGCCCUCCAGCAGCGACACUCGGCGCAGACGACGGCUACGAGCUCGUACACCACACGCCGUCUCUCGGAAAGAGUGCUAAGGGGAAGGAACGGGAAAAGGAGGACGAGGACAGGGCGGACGAGACGCUGGACGAUUCGGACGACGAGGUCGAGCAGCUGCUCACCUCGACUGGCGAUGCGGUACUACCACGAGUCGAUGCGACGGAGGAUGUUACGACAGAUGCAGGUCGGGGAAUGGGCAGGCGAGGAUCAGCGGGUGCAGGGAGUCCUCGGAAAGGCGGUUCGAAGCUGCUGAAUGUGCUGUUUGGUGGGAUGACACCGAAGCAGAGACGAGUGUUCUUGCGCGAGAUGAUGGUCGAGACCCUGCCCGUCCUGUUAUUCGCCUUGGCCGGAGCCAUUCUUGCUGGCGAGCUGCUGCAGCGGUUACAGUCCUGGCGCGUCUUCAUCCGCAUCGAAGAGCUCUUCAUCCUCGUCCCCAUCCUCCUCAACCUCAAGGGCAAUCUCGAGAUGAAUCUUGCCGCCCGCUUCUCGACCUCCGCCAACAUCGGCGAGCUCGAUCUCCGCCUGACUCGCCGCUCUCUCGUCCUCGGCAACCUCGCCCUCCUGCAAGUGCAGGCUCUCCUCGUCUCGUUCGUCUCCGGCCUGCUCGCCUUCAUCCUCGGCAUGGCGUCCCGGAAAGGCGUUCACCACGCCCUUCAACAUCCCAUAUACAAGCCAGGAAUGGGGCCCAGUACAGCAGCUGGAGGAGCGGACGUUACGGAGGCAUUGCGAGGCGGAUAUUUCGAAGCGCUGCUCGUGCUCUGCGUCAGCAUGCUUGCGGCGGGCUUCAGCUCGGGUAUCUGCGGCAGCUUCAUGUGCUCAGCCGUUAUCAUGUGUCGGCGGUUUCGGGUCAACCCAGACAACAUCGCCACGCCCCUCGCAGCAGCUCUCGGCGACCUCGUCACACUCGUCCUCCUCGGUGUCCUCAGUAGCCUCUUCAUCCUCUUCAUGGGCACGAUCGUCUCGUCGCUCGUCUUUCUCGCCCUCGUCGGCGCCAUAGCCGCCAACAUCGUCUUCGUCUUCCGGAAUGCCUAUGUUCAGGAGCUGUUAACAAUGGGAUGGGGACCGCUGUUCGCCGCAAUGGCCAUCUCGAGCGGUACCGGUGUCAUCCUCGAGACCUACGUCAACCGCUAUCCCGGCUUCGCCCUCCUCGGCCAAGUCUUGACCGCCAUCUCAGGCGCCUCCGGCUCUAUCUUCGUCUCGCGCAUCUCGACCGCACUCCACACUGGUCGACGCGAGCAUUACUCGUUCACGGCAGCGAUGCUAAUCGUCGUCACGUAUCCCAUCUUGCUCGCGUUCUUCGCGCUUGUCUGGGCGACCGGUCAGGCGGACGUGUCGGCGGCUUUCUUCCCGGCAUAUGCGGCUGCUACGGCUGUACAGCUCGUCUUGACCAUGCUUGUCGCUCAUCGAGGGUCCCUGCUGCUCUGGAAGCUCGAUUACGACCCUGACGUCUACGCCCUUCCUCUCUUUUCUGCCGCCAUGGACGUCUCCGGCCAGCUCCUCCUCGUCGCCGCAUACGCCUUCUCCGGCACAAAGACGCUCGAGGAGACGUCAGGCGACUCUCAGGCGGGCGAGGCGGCUGCGGAAGGCGUUGUCGCGGUCGUCGAGGCGUUGCGACGGCGGUGGACCGGCUGA